CCUUCUUUUUAAAUUAAAUUAAAUUUUAAAUUCAAAAUAAAAUAAAUGAAUAAAUAGGUCGAACCACUUGCGGCCCUCACAAUUAUUUCCAUCGCCCACCAUCUCCACCUCCUCAAAAAAUAUAUAAAUUAAAAAUAAAAACUCCCAAAUUUUAUUUAUAUAUAUAUUUUCAAAUUUCAAUUCAAUUCUUAUUUUUCUUUCUAAUCGAUUUGAUUUUAAUCUUAUUAUUUAAUUACAGGGACGCUUGACAGAUGGAAUCUACCAAGGAAACACAAGCUCCAGAGGGCCCAAUUCUUUGCAUCAACAAUUGUGGCUUUUUCGGGAGUGCAGCAACCAUGAACAUGUGUUCGAAGUGCCACAAGGAGAUGAUAUUGAAGCAGGAUAAUGCCAAACUUGCAGCCUCAUCCUUUGAUGAUAUCAUCAAUGGUGGUUCAGGUUCAGGAACUGCUGAUACCGGAAAGGAUGCUAUGAUUACCGAUGUCACCAAGGCCAAAUCAGCAGCACCAGUGGAGCUGAAUGUUGUUCCAGCCCAAGCACAGUCUGAUGACUCAUCCUCAAGCCAAGUCGUUGAGGCUAAGCCGAAGGUAGGGCCCAGUAGAUGCACCACUUGCCGUAAGCGGGUUGGUUUAACCGGCUUCAAUUGCAAAUGUGGUAAUCUUUUCUGCUCUGCUCACCGCUACUCUGAUAAACAUGAGUGUCCUUUUGAUUACCGAAGUGCUGGUCGUGAUGCCAUUGCCAAGGCUAAUCCUGUGGUCAAAGCUGAAAAGCUCGAUAAGAUAUGAAGAAACAUGACCUGGUCAGAGUAUGAUAUAUGGUUGCUACUCAAAAGUCUUUAUAUCCAUGCGUAUCAAGUUGCCAAUUUAGGUGCCUCUGGUCGAUUGUUUUAUAAAUUUGAUUUAGAAAGUUAUGAAAGACCGGGGGUACCUUGCCAGUGUUAUGAAAAUACUUAUUCUCGUUGAUUGGUAGGGGUUGGUUUGGUUCUAUUGUGUGUGUGUUUGUUUGUUUAUGGUAAUGGUCUUACUUCAUAGAUGGAUGGAUAUCAUUUAUGUUAAAAUCUGUAAUUUGUUCUCAUUAUGAAUCCUUUCAUCUUCCAUUGUCACUCAAGAAUGAUGCAUGCCUAAUGGCAUUUCUUUGAA